CUCCUUAUAAGGAUGAUGUUACCCUCAGCAGCCCAAAACAGAUUUGACCCAACAUUUCUCCAGAGACAUACGACAAGAAGCAUAUCAUAUUAUUUUGCUGCGUUUGCCUUUCGACAUAUUGUAAGUCUUUUGAAGUGGAGCACUGGGAGACAAUGGCAUCGAGCUUGGAGCACGGCUCGUUACAGGCUAAUCGUUCGCAAAUCCCAGAUGACGAAAGAUGGAUAUUCGCUGACGAAACAGAUUCUUCUUCCAAUGUUGAAAGGCCUUUGCCUUCUCCUCCUACAGCGGUUAACCCAGUGCCUGUCAAUGCCGAAGUUACUUAUCCCGAGGGGGGCCGUGAUGCCUGGUUAGUGGUGCUAGGUGCUUAGUGUGGCUUGACCGCAUCGUUAGGUAUUUACAACACAACCGGAGUGUUCCAGGUCGUCAUCUCGGAAUAUAUAUUGCCAGAAGAAUCUUCGUCUACUCUUGGCUGGAUAUUCUCAAUCUACGCCUUUGUGAACUGGAUCUUUGGGGUGGAAAUUGGACCAAUCUUUGAUGCGAUUGGUCCUCGUGGACUGCUCAUUGCAGGGACUAUUUGCACGCUGAUUGGCAUUUUCGCGCUUAGUGUCUGUACAGGUAAGGUCAGUCUUCCUACAACACUCCACGCAUAACACAUUCUAGUACGGCGGCUGCUCCUAAGGUCGCUCACUCGCUUGCUGCUAAAUCUGCUCCUAUUGAGGUCCUUCUGAUCUUCUCCGGGGGCUCUGUUCAGCACUAAUUGUGAUACAGAAUACUAUCAGAUCCUUCUGUCAUUCUCCAUAUUGACUGGUAUCGGCUCAUCCCUUCUCAUCACGCCGUCGAUGGGCUGCGUCGCUCAUUGGUUCAUGGAGCGUCGCGGUCUCGCUAGUGGCAUAGCUUUUAUAGGAGGUGGCU